UUCAGUUACUUCAACAAAGUAGCCCAACACUACUAAGUACUACUAGUUGUCGAACCUAAUUAUUUAGUUGACUCAUCAACUCGUUUCCUGCCUUCAGAUUCAAGCUAGUGCCUGCGUUCCAGUCACGCUUCAGAUAAAGUCCAAUCACGUCCAUCUCCAGUCAUCUUCCAUCCUCCUCAGGCAACGUGUGUAUGAGAGUCGCUGAACAAUACACAACAGAUGAUGAACACGACAUUGAUUCGAAAGCUCUUGAAACGUCUGUUCCAAGUGUUGGCGACGCUCGCAACUUCAUCUGCACGGCGACUGCUCAUUCUCGUGUCAUGCUUUCGACACUUUGUGGCCAAGGUUCAUGUUUCAAUCUCGCAUGAUACUAACUCCAAGUUUUCCACUGUAGACUCGCGUCGUACUGGGACUUCUAGUGCACAAUGUUCCCAGUCCACCUUGCCAUUACCGCUUCACACUACUCCGUCGAGUGCAGCAAGCUCCGUGGCUUCAACACCUCCAUACACCAUGCCUGUUCCAAGCGUUCCACAGCUCGCUAAUUCGCCACAGACUUGGACGUCUUUGCCUCCAGCAGUCGAUCAUAAAUCACGUUACGAGAACCGUCCUUUUGUAGAUACAUCUGACUCCAUCGGAAUUCCAGCAUUCAUGAGGUCCUUCCCCAACCAAUCAUGUCCUUGGUUGAGUGGUGAAUGGCAGCCAUGUAUACAUCCAGAAGGCGCGCUGUAUCUGUACAAUGGCCGCAAAAGAACUUUCACCGAAGGACACAUUAAUGAAUAUUUGUUCCGCUUGAUGGACAAAUGUGCGGAUGCGCUAUACGACUUGGCACGCACAAAAUCACCAAACUUUGACGCUGGUGACAUCGAGCUCGUUGUGCAGGUAGUGCCGAAUCAGACAGAUUCUUGCCAGUACUACUUUGUCGAUCAUGAAACCCGAACUCUCUUUUGGCUACACGUGUACGACCAAGCGACAGAAACUGUCUUUGACGGUCUCCAAGGCGUCUGUGAUCCGAGUCACAUUCGUACGUUGUGUGAACUUAUGGCGCUCGUGAUAUGAACUAGUCAACAGGAUAUGCCUUGGAGUCUCAAUACUGGUUUGUCACUUGUAAUCAUACAAUGUGACCAUCUUUGACUGAAACGAGUAGGAUGCAUUGCGAACGCUACCCGAAACACGAGCUGAAUCGGGUCAAGCUCCUGAAAGAACUGAGA